AUAUAUACAUCAAGAUAUUCGUAUAGAUGCAGAUGAAGUAUUAAAAAUGUAUUGUCAAAAAUAUACUCGUCGUCUUGAAUUUGGUGUGCAAACAAUGGAAUAAAUAUUGUACAAAAAUAUAUUCAAAGUAAAUGAAAACAUACGUGUUUUUGUAUUCAUAAUAUGAGUAUAAUAUUAAUUUAAUUUAUAAAAAAAAGUAUCAUUUUAUUUCAUUUUGUUUUCGAAAAAAACAUUAUUUCAUGUUUUCUUUUUUUGUUAAAAGAAUGUUGUUUUAUUAUUUUUUUGUUUCGUUAAAAGAAACUUCUUGUAAUAUUAAAAUAACCAUAUUUAAUAUUAUAGAGUCGUUGAAUGAACCUCAUUUCAUUCAUUUUGUGCUAUUGUCACGUUAUUGGUACUUUAUUGGAUUGAAAUAGUUUUUGCCCUUCAAUAAAAGUUUUGCCCAUACUGCCCAUAGUUUUUUUUCUACGUAAGCGAAGUUUGCCCAUAAGGCGAAAAAUCCUGUAUACGCCACUGGAAGUUAUAGCUUCUUUGAUGUGUUUUAGCGUUAAAAUUCAUUAGAAUUUUUCGUAUAAAUAAAUGAAUUAAUUUAUUUGUUUUAUUUUAAGGUGCAAAAUAUUAUAUUCAAUAUGCUAAAGAACAAUUUUUAUUACGUUGGUCAACAUUAAGUCGUUUAAGUGAAUAUGGUCGUAAAACAACAAUUUAA